UAAUAGGUUUAGGAUUUAAUUUAUUUAGAUCGACAGUGUAAACACAUUCAUCAAAUCAAUUCAUAGUAUAAUUUUUGUUAAUCCAAUACUUACAUAAGAAUGUAAUAGAACCUAAACCUGAACAUCGAAUUCCAAGUUUUUGACCUUUGAUCGGUUUCAAUCAAAAAAGUUUUACCCAUAUGUGGCCGGUGACAGUGAUAUUGGUAGGGUUUUCCCUUCUAUUUCAGCAAUGCAGAAGCAGCACUACAACAAGUGGGCAAGAGCUUUCUUGUCCCUUUUCAUCCUGUGGGAAAAUAUCAAACAUAAGUUACCCAUUUCGAUUAAAAGAUGACCCAAAACAAUGCGGAGACAGCAGGUACGAACUAGCUUGUGAAAAUAAUGUGACAAAAUUAUAUUUAUACUCUGCAAAAUACCAUGUCCAGUCCAUCAACUACAAUAAUUUCACAAUCCGAUUAGUUGAUCCUGAAGUUCAACAAUCUAAUUGCUCUUCACUUCCGCGCCAUUCCUUGUCUCGAUCAAAUUUCUGUAAUACUUAUGAUUACAACAACAAGAACUGCAAUGAUCCAUACCAUGCCAAUUUCAUUAAUCAAGAACUAUUUUUCGAUUCCAACAAGCUUCUUUUUGAGCAUAUAGUUUACAUGAAUUGUACUCAUCAAGUGAUUAACAAUCAUAAAUAUGUGAAUGCUUCAUCUUGCCUUAAUUCGAACUCCAAAUCCAAAGGGUAUUAUAUUUAUGCUAUUGCUGGUAAAUUAGUUGCUCAAGAUUUUCAAGUUGGUUGUCAUGCGAAGUUAGUGGCUCCCACUUCAUGGUUGGGAAAUUUGCAAAGAAAUCAAGUACUUUCAUAUGAUAUCAUUCAUAAGGCGUUAGUAUAUGGAUUUGAGAUUUCAUGGAUGAAACUUCCAUGUCAGAAACUUUGCGGAGAUUCAUUACGUUGCUUCUUCAAUUCCAGUGAACAACAUCUUCAAUGCAAUGACUUAUGCCGUACUGUUAUGGGAUCUUGGAUCACCGGUAGUUGUGGGAUACGGUCCCAGAUAGCUUCAAUAGUUAGCGAUACUAUAACCGGUAUCAUCCAAGGGAUGUAUGAAAUGACAAAAGGAGAAAAUUUUUUAUUGAAAGGGAUACCCAGAUAUCAAUUAGGAAUGGCUAUUGGACACUAUUUUCUACCAAUUUUUUUUUGCAGAUUUGUAUUUGGGAUAGCAUUUUUUAUUGCAUUGUUGAUAUACAAAUGGCGAAAAAGACAUUGGUCAAUGUAUGAAUGUAUUGAACUAUAUCUACAACAACAAAACAAUUCCAUGCCUAUUGGAUAUUCAUACAAAGAAAUUAAGAAAAUGGCUAGAGGUUUCAAAGACAAAUUAGGUGAAGGAGGCUUUGGCACUGUGUUCAAGGGAAACCUACGUAGUGGGCCCGGUGUGGCAAUCAAGAUGUUGGGUAAGUCGAAAGGUAAUGGACAAGACUUUAUUAGUGAAGUAGCAACCAUUGGAAGGAUACAUCAUUUGAAUGUAGUACAAUUAUUUGGAUUUUGUAUUGAGGGAUCAAAACGUGCUCUUGUUUAUGAAUUCAUGCCUAAUGGAUCUCUUGAUAAAUUUAUUUUCUCCAAAGAAGGGAGCAUAAAUUUAAGCUACAACAAAAUUUACGAUAUAGCAAUUGGAGUAGCUCGUGGGAUUGCUUAUCUUCACCACGGAUGUGAAAUGAAGAUUUUACAUUUUGAUAUCAAGCCCCACAAUAUCCUUCUUGAUGAGAACUUUAUCCCUAAACUAUCUGACUUUGGAUUGGCAAAGCUACAUCCGAUGGAGAACAGCGUCAUCACAAUGACUGCUGCAAGAGGUACAAUUGGAUAUAUGGCUCCAGAAUUGUUCUACAAAAAUAUUGGGGGAGUUUCCUAUAAGGCUGAUGUUUAUAGCUUUGGGAUGCUUUUGAUGGAGAUGGCAGGCAAGAGAAAAAACCUUAAAACCAAUGCACAACAUUCAAGUCAGAUAUAUUUUCCCUUUUGGAUUUAUGAUCAACUUAGAAAAGAGGAAGAAAUCGAUAUAGAAAAUAUCUCAGAGGAGGAUAUGAAAAUUGUAAAGAAGAUGAUCAUGGUUGCUCUUUGGUGUAUACAACUGAAGCCGAAUGAUCGCCCCUCAAUGAGUAAAGUAGUUGAAAUGCUUGAAGGAAAUAUUGAACGCAUAGAAAUGCCUCCAGAGCCCACCAUGUAUCCAGAUGAAACAAUUUCAAGAGAUGAAACAACCAGCUUCGACCAAACAACAUCAGGUGAUUUCAUUAGUUCUAGCGAUUCAGGGGAAAACAUGAGUAAUCCUCUAUUAGAGAAUACUUCUUGACUUCUUGACACUUGUUAGAAUCCAUCAUAUCUAAAACACUUGUUUUUUUGUAAUUCUACUCUUCCAUUCUGUUUAGUGUCCCUAACAAUAUCAUAAGCAUAAUAGCACACUCUACUUGAAUCUA